UCCAUCAUGGCGGCGGUAAACCAGUGUUAUCUCUGAACUGUUCUGAAGUAAACAUUUAACAUUUUGAAUGCAACCCGGGCCAAUGCUUUUCUCUUUGGAUUAUUUUAUAGCAAAACGUCAACAUGGGUUUUAAAUAGAAGUCGCAGCUUUUUGUGGCGAAUAUUUUAUUCGGACCGGCGGCAGAAGAAGAAAGAAGCGUCCGCCCUGACUCAUCCUCCGAGCAUCAGCCAUGUCUCUGGGCGAUCCCACGUCGGAUUCGGCGCCGUUCCUCUCUGAUGACAGCGAGACGGAGGGUCCGGAGGAGCGAGGAGCUGGGGCCGGGGGUCAGGGGGCACCAGAGGAAUCAGCCAGCGGAGUGUCAAGAGUGCGAGCUCUGCUGACUGUCUUCAUCCUCUGUUACAUCAACCUGCUCAACUACAUGGACAGGUUCACUGUGGCAGGUGUUCUCCCUGAUAUCGAGCAUUAUUUUGGGAUCGAUGAUGGGAAGUCUGGUCUACUCCAAACAGUUUUUAUCUGCAGUUACAUGUUCCUGGCACCAGUCUUUGGUUACCUGGGUGACAGGUACAACAGAAAGUACAUCAUGAGUGUUGGCAUCACUUUCUGGUCUUUGGUGACGCUCGCUAGCUCUUACACCCCCAAAGAUCAUUUCUGGGCCCUGCUGUUGACUCGAGGUCUAGUUGGGGUCGGAGAGGCCAGCUACUCCACCAUCGCUCCCACCAUCAUUGCUGACCUGUAUGUGAAGGGAAAAAGGACAAACAUGCUCUCCAUUUUUUAUUUUGCCAUCCCUGUGGGCAGCGGUUUGGGAUACAUUUUGGGAUCACAAGUCAGUAAUCUAGCAAAGGACUGGCACUGGGCUCUGCGGGUGACACCGGGGCUGGGACUGAUCGCUGUACUCCUGCUCCUCUUUGUGGUCAAGGAGCCAAAAAGAGGAGCCAUCGAAGCUCGGCCGGAGCACCACCUGCAUCAGACGGGCUGGCUGAAGGACCUGCAGGCUCUGAGCAAGAAUUACAGCUUCGUGCUGUCCACCUUGGGCUUCACAGCUGUGGCAUUUGUCACCGGCUCUUUGGCUCUUUGGGCGCCAACAUUCCUCUUCAGAGCAUCCGUCUUCAAUGGGGAGAGAGCACCAUGCGUGGAGGGAAACUGCGCCUCCUCAGACAGUCUGAUAUUUGGGGCCAUCACCUGCGUCACAGGUGUGCUGGGCGUUGGCAGUGGCGUGCAGGUGAGUCGGAAACUGAGGACGAGGACACCCAGAGCUGACCCACUGGUGUGCGCUGCUGGUCUGCUCCUCUCAUCACCUUUCCUCUACCUGGCCAUCGUCUUCGCUCAGGACAGCACCAUCGCCACAUAUGUGUUCAUCUUCCUUGGAGAGACGUUUCUAUCCAUGAACUGGGCCAUCGUUGCUGACAUCCUGCUGUACGUUGUCGUUCCAACUCGCCGCUCCACAGCCGAGGCUCUGCAGAUCGUCAUCUCACAUCUGCUGGGAGACGCAGGAAGUCCUUAUCUCAUCGGAGUGGUCUCGGACUCUUUGAGGCAAACGGACUCGUUUCUGUGGCAGUUCAGGUCCCUGCAGCUCUCUCUGCUGCUCUGCUCCUUUGUGGCUGUCAUAGGCGGGGCUUUCUUCCUCGCCACCGCCCUGUUCAUCGAACAAGAUCGCAACCGUGCUGAGAACUACAACCCUUCAGAGAAGGAGACCUCUGCAGAUAAUCCGUCUCCCUGAAUGAUGAAAUCCUGACCUCAGAACUGAGAUGAUGAGCCCAUCGUUGUUCCGAAAAGUGGCCGGUCCACUCGUGUGCCGGUCUCCAGCGUUCUGAUCUGAUGAAGGCUCUGGUCCAGCAUCUCCUGUGGUCAUUUUAAUUUAACUUUUAAAUCAGGACUUUAAACAACCAUGGGAUAUCUGCCAUGCAGAGAGGUUUUAGGAGGCUUUUAUUUCUACUUUUUUGCAACUUUAUUUUUCUAUUUUUUGGAAGCCCCGGGACAUGCCGCCAUCCUUGGAGACAUUUUUGUCUCCAGAUGUUAUUUUUUUUACAUGACUUGGAAAUAUUUUAAAGGUGGACUGAAAAAUGAGCACAAGAGACUCUCUGAGGAGAGGAACCAGACUCUGCUCUUUGGGACCUGACGGUUUAAUCCCUAAUGAGUAUUUUUUACCUUUAGCAGGUAAAAAUGGAUAAUCUUUGGGAGAUCUAGCAUGAUCCUUAUCCUCAGCUUAACCACAACCAAAACCAGACUGUGCUCCUGAACCUCCUGCAGUUUUAUAAACAGAACCAGCUUUAUUAAUCCGUUUUCAUAACCAUACAUUUGUAUAUGUUUGAACUAGUUUUAAUUACAACACUAACCUUUUUACAGCUAAGAAAGUUGCAGCACAACAACCAGAUUGACUUUAUCAUCAGACCCUCAUUUCCUUUAUUUUUUACAAGAGCUAAAGCUGCUUUUAAUGCUGUUUUUAGUUUCAGGUGUUUGAAAGAGGUGUUGGGGCAUUUUAACCCCUCAGAGAUCCAUUUUUGGUUUCCACUUUCUGUCAGGUUCAAGCUUCACCAAGUCGACCGAGUGUUUACCUUAAGCAGGAUGAGCACUUACCGCAGGACAUAUCAUAACGGUUAUUUAAGAAGAAAAAAAUCUUUUAAAUGAAUGUUAUUAAUCUAAGUUGUUAACCUCAAAUUAUUUUAGCUAAUGUUUUUUUGUGAACUAUUAAAGGAGAAUUAACUUGU